AUGAGCGUCAAAACCCGCAUCUGCAUGAUAUCAGACACCCAUACAAGCCCACCAAACCCACCACAACAACUCAACAAUGCCUACCGUUACCCACUACCAAAAGCCAAUAUCCUGCUGCACGCCGGCGACCUCACGAAAGUGGGGUACCGCGUCGAGCACGAAACAAUGAUCGCAAUGCUCCAAGACGCUGACGCAGAACUAAAGCUCGUAAUUGCCGGUAACCACGACAUCACCCUAGACGAACAAUAUUUCACAACCUUCGGCUACACGCGCCACCUCCGACCAGAGCAUCUAGGUGCAGAAUCCAUUCUCCUCACAGACGACAGCACCCAAGCUGACCUCCGACAAUCAAAAACAAAAACCCCAAACGCAGACCAGCUGCGCUCCUACGCCCGCUCCAUCAAAGAUCUCUGGACCUGCGAUGCCGCCCGUAAUGCAGGAAUCAUCUACCUAGAAGAAGGCAUGCACUCCUUCACUCUCUCCACAGGCGCCACUUUCACAGUCUACGCCUCGCCCUACCAGCCGGAGUUCUACCGCUGGGCAUUCGCGUACGAGCGCGAUGAAGACCGCUACAAUGCUGCGCCUAAUGGCCACCAGCCCACUAAUCCAAUCCCCGAUUUCCCGGGUGUGGAUAUACUCCUAACGCACGGUCCGCCUGUGGGAAUCCUAGACCAAGUCCCGCCUGACUUGAAUGUUGGAUGUGAGCAUCUUCUUCGGGCAGCGGGGCGCGCGAGACCGCGCAUUCAUCUCUUCGGUCAUAUUCAUGAAGGGUGGGGUGCGCGGCGUGGGGUCUGGGGAUCUGAUGGGCUCAAGCUUGAAUCUGUGGCUACUGAUGCUGAGGAGAUGCUUGAAACUCGCUCCGCAUUUUAUGAUGUUAGUGGGCGGGCAGAACGGCCUUUGCGGUUUGGGGAGGAGACUUUGUUUGUUAAUGCUAGUGUCAAUACUGUGGGGUAUGAGGCGAGGAAUGCGCCUUGGGUUGUUGAUUUGGAGCUUCCUCUUGCUUCGGGGUGA